AUGGGUAAACGAUACUUCUGCGACUACUGUGAGCGCUCCUUCCAAGACAACAUGCAUUACAGAAAAAAGCACGUUUACGGCUUCAGCAUCAGCGAGCCAAAAAAGCCUGAUCUAUAUGUCAGCCAAGCCCAUCGUCCUGAACACCAGGUGUCUGCAUGCAUCAAAGAGGAGGAAGAGGAAAAAUCAGCAUACAUCAAGGGAGAGGAGGACUUCGUACCCAUUAAAGGUUUCAGCAAAUAUCUUGGUCCUGAGUGGCAGGAGUCUGAGUCUCCUGGCGUUAAAGAGGAAGUGGAGCACCCACAUAUGAAACUGGAAGAGCCAGAGCACCCUCAACAGCAAAAUAGAGAACUGCAACUUCCACUCAAAAAGGAGGAGGUAGAGCUGCCAUACGUUAAAGAGGAGGACGAUAUCCCCAUGUUGACUGGUGAGCCCUUGAAGAGUGAGGAUGGUCUGAGUGAGGUCAACAGAGGGAUAGAGCCUCCAAGUGGCAGCAGCAACUCAACAGGAUUGCAAGCACACAUUUUCAUCGCACCAUCAGAUAGAAAUGGCACCACGUCACACUCCCCUUUCAAAGAUGGUGGUCAGAAGAAAUCUCACUGUGACGGUAAACUCUGCAAAUGCUCUCAGUGUGGGAAAACCUUUGCUAAUAACUAUACUUGUCGUAUGCAUAUGAGGAGCCACACUGGUGAAAAGCCUUUUAUCUGCUCAGUUUGUGGUCAGAAAUUCACUCAGAAGAGCAACUUAAACGCACACACCAGAACCCACACUGGUGAAAAACCUUUUGUCUGCUCAGUUUGUGGUCAAAAAUUCAUUCAGAAGAGCAACUUAAAUAGACACGUAACAACCCACACCGAAGAAAAAACGUUUUCCUGCUCAGUUUGUGGAAAACAUUUUGCCAAGACACGAGACUUAACAAAACACACAAGAACCCACACUGAUAAAAAACCUUUUGUCUGCACAGUUUGUGGUAAAAAAUUCCCUUGGAGGAGCCACUUAAGCGCACACUCAAGAACACACACUGGCGAAAAACCUUUUUGCUGCUCAGUUUGUGGCCAAAGAUUUAGUCAAAAGAGCACCUUCAACACACACUCGAGAACCCACACUGGUGAAAAACCUUUUUCCUGCUCAGUUUGUGGCCAAAGAUUCAGUCGAAAGGGUGGCUUAAAUGAACACACAAGAACCCACACUGGCGAAAAAGCUUUUUCCUGCUCUGUUUGUGGAAAACGUUUUGUUAAGACGCGAGACUUAACAAAACACACAAGAACCCACACUGGUGAAAAACCUUUUGUCUGCUCAGUUUGUGGUCAAAAAUUCACAUGGAAGAGCCACUUCAGCGCACACUCAAGGACACACACUGGCGAAAAACCUUUUUGCUGCUCAAUUUGUGGCCAAAGAUUCAGUCAAAAGGGUGGCUUAAACGAACACACAAGAACCCAUACUGGCGAAAAACCUUUCGUCUGCUCAUUUUGUGGUCAAAGAUUCAGUCAAAAGAGCACCUUUAACAAACACUCGAGAGCACACUCCGGCGAAAAACCUUUUUGCUGUUCAGUGUGUGGCCAAAGAUUCAGUCGAAAGAGCAACUUAAACAAACACUCAAGAACCCACACUGGCAAAAAACCAUUUUCCUGCUCCGUUUGUGGUCAAGGUUUCACUGAAAAGCAACACUUAAUAGUACACAUAAGAAACCACACUGGUGAAAAACCUUUUUCCUGCUCAGUUUGUGGCCGAAGAUUCAGUCGAAAGAGCAACUUAAACAUGCACAUAAGAACCCACACUGGCGAAAAAUUUGUGGUGAAGGAUUCACUUGGAAGGAUCAGAUGA